AGGACAGUGGCAGCAAGAAGGAAUUGUCAGCUGGAAAGAUUUCCACCUGGUCCGCUCAAGCUGCUGGAGGCAAUCUGUUGCUGUCGCUCUUCAGCGACUCGGACGCCGUGCUGCGGGGCCGCGCCUUGGAAGUCUUCGUGCGGCGCAGCUACCGCGCCUGCGGUGUUAGCGGCAGCUCCCACCUGGCGGUGGCAACGCAGGGGCCGGGGAUCAUGGGAGCCAGGUGGCGCUUUCGUAACCCUGGUGUCGCAGUGGCUGGCACCAUGAGUGUAUGGCAAGGCUCGGCCAAGGUCUUGCCGCACAGCAAGGCGCUGGAGGAAUACCUAAGCAGCCCAAAUCUGUCCUUGGGUUUCGACGAAAAGAAGGAGGCCAUCGAUGACGCCAAAUCACCAGGUCGUUUGCACAUCAUUGUGUUGGACUCCGUCGACGUGGAUCAGGUGCAUCAGAGGCUGCGAGCCAUGGAAGCGAAGUUGCGCAACUUCGGGGCCAUCGAGGUGGUCUUGGUUACACCUGGUAGUCGCGCAGCAGUCGAACCCAGCUACUCUCACUUUUCCUUGCGACACGGCUGGCGGGAGGUGACCUCCUCGCGUGAUCUCGGCCCUGCUGCGCCCUGUCUGUUGGAAGUGGAGCAGCUGUCAGAAGAGUUUCAGCUUCAACGUCUUCCGCCGGUGGCAUCUACUGCCGAACUGGCGCAUGUGUUCCUGGGAACGCCGACCAAGGGAAGUUCCAUGGUGGUUCAUGCCUGCCUGGCGUGUCAUUCCCAUAUGGGUUUGGAUCCUGAGCGCAACGACUGGGCCGUUCGCUUGGAGGGCUUGCUGUUGGACGGAAUGCACGAAUUGGAAAACGCCAAGUUGAAUCCCAAGGUUCAAGGAGCAGAAGGUCGCGUCUACUUGCACUUGACAGCCUUGGCAGACAUGGACGGUUCCGCGCUCUUUGGCUUGUUGGAAGCCUUCACACGAGAGUUCGCGGCCAGACAUGGCGCAUUAAUACAAGGACUUUGGGUGGACGAGAUCACCAUCAAGGUGCGAUUGGGUUCAGAAUCUGCUGGUUGUCAAGGCGUUUUACGCUUCAGCAUUACCUCAGGACAUGAGAAGUACAUGAAAUGUACCGGCAUGUUGGAACAAGUGGAUCCCAUCACUGGAACGCCCAUGAAAUGGCAGGACCUGCAGACGGGGCAGGAACGCGCGCCCGUGGCGGCGGACGUGGCGCUCAGGGCCAAGCGGGCCACGGCCCGGAAAGCGGGGUCCACCUACGCGCCGGACUUCCUGGGCCUCUUGGAGGCGGCCUUGGUGAAGGCCUGGGGCGCUGGCAGCCUCCCCAAGGAGUUGCUGAAAGCCUCGGAGUUGGCGCUGAACGUCAACGGUCAACUCCAAGAGUUGGAAAGCCGUGGCACUGGCGCCAUCGGCAUGUUGGCGUGGCGCCUGCUGCUGCGGACCCCGGAGUUCCCCGAGGGACGCUCCCUGGUGUUGAUCGCCAACGACGUCACGCACCAAGCAGGUUCCUUCGGCGUGGCAGAGGACCACUUCUUUAAGAAGGCCACAGAAUACGCCCGGCAGCGGGGCUUGCCACGGGUCUAUAUCGCCUGCAACAGCGGAGCUCGUGUGGGUUUGGUGGAGGAAAUCAUGCCCAAGUUACGGGUUCACUGGAAUGAUGCGGCAGAUCCUUCCAAGGGCUUUCAGUACCUCUAUUUGACGGAGGCUGAUUACAAGAGCCUUCCCAGUGGCGCAGUCAUCGGCAAGCUGGUGCCUGGGGUUGGCUAUGCGCUGGAUGCUGUGGUUGGACAGGGUUUGAGUUCCAUCCAGGGUGGCAUUGGUGUGGAAAAUCUACAGGGCUCCGGCUCCAUUGCCGGGGAGACCAGCAGGGCAUACCAGGACAUUUUUACAUUGUCCUACGUCACUGGCAGAUCCGUGGGCAUUGGCGCGUAUCUGAACCGCCUGGGACAACGGGUCAUCCAAUCGGUGGAUGGGCCCUUGGUACUCACUGGCUAUGGUGCUCUCAACAAGUUGCUGGGGAAGAGUGUGUAUUUUUCUCAAGACCAGCUUGGAGGACCCCAGAUCAUGGUUCCCAACGGCAUCACCCACCAGCUGGUACAAAACGAUCAGGAAGGUGCUGAGGCAAUUCUGAAGUGGCUCUCCUUUGUUCCCAGGGAUACCUGGUCCCUGCCACAGUCAAUCUCUUCAACAGACCCUCUCGACCGAUCCGUGGAGUUUAGACCUACGAAACAACCUUAUGAUCCUCGGCACAUGUUGGCUGGAACGACAACGGGAAAUGGCAAAUGGCUUUCUGGUUUCUUCGACCGAGGAAGUUUCGUUGAAUACAUGGCUGGUUGGGGCCGAAGUGUAGUAGUAGGUCGAGCACGCUUGGGGGGCAUCCCCAUGGGUGUCAUAGCAGUCGAGACCAGGAAUGUUGAAAGGAGAAUACCUGCUGAUCCCGGCAAUCCAGAGAGUAGAGAGAUUGUCGAGCCUCAAGCAGGACAAGUGUGGUUUCCUGACAGUGCCUACAAGACAGCCACAGCCAUACGGGACUUCAAUGUGGGCGAAAAUCUUCCUUUGAUGAUCUUUGCCAAUUGGCGUGGUUUCUCUGGAGGAACUCGAGACAUGUACGGAGAAGUCUUGAAAUUCGGAGCUCAGAUUGUGGAUGCCUUGGUGGAUUACAAACAACCCGUCUUCAUUUACAUUCCCCCGGAGGGCGAACUCCGUGGGGGCUCCUGGGUGGUGGUGGAUCCAGCCAUCAAUCCCGAUGUCAUGGAGAUGUACGCCGAUCAAGACAGCAGGGGUGGCAUUUUGGAGCCGGCUGGAAUCGUUGAAGUGAAGUUCCGGUCCAAACAGAGGGUGGAGAUGAUGCAUCGGUUGGAUGACAAACUUCAGCAGCUGGAUGCGCAGAUGAAGACAUCACCAGCACCGGAGCAGCUGCAGCAGGAGAUCCAUCGAAGGGAAGAGAUGCUGCAACCGCUCUAUACCCAGGUGGCCUGUGAGUUUGCCGACCUCCACGACCGCGCGGGGCGGAUGAAGGCGGUGGGCGCAGUGCGUGAGAGUCUCCAGUGGUCACAAUCCCGCGGCUAUUUCUACUGGCGCCUGAAACGACGACUGCUGGAGGAUCGCAUGGUGAAGGAUCUCCAGGCCGCCGAUGACCGCUUGAGCCGCGCGGAUGCUCGGCAGCUCCUCAGCGUCGCCUCCGACGUGCCCGACGCGGACGCCGUGGAGCGGCUGCAGAAGACCUCGAUGAAUCAGCAGAUCCGACAGGUUCAUGCGCAGGCGGUGCGCAGGAAGUUUUGCCAGGCCUAUGAGGACUUAGAAGCUGCCGGCGAGGUCACCGGUCUGCGCCGCUCCCUGCUGCGCUGCCUGCUGCCGCGGACCGGUGCUGCACCAGGUGUCCGUGACGACGUGGGCGAGGCAAAGGUGGUGCAACGGGAAGUGAGAGGAGCUUAUCCUGGAUUGCUUGGAAAGGAAGUGCCACACAAGAAAUGAUCGACUGUCCUUUGAAAUGAGGGAAAGAUCUCUCAAUUGCAGAUUUGGGUUGGAAAU